AUGGCUAAAAAACCAGCAAAUAAAAGCCAAAUAGAAUACAAAGGCCCAAAUACUAUCUCAAAAUCCACAUCGUCUGGAUCUGUUGGAAAACUGUUAUUUGUCUUUGCUAUCUUAGGUGGAUUAUUAGCUUUCUAUGUAUACAAAGUAGUCACCACACCUCCAGACUUACCUAAAUAUGAUGUAAACAACUGGUGGGGUCCAUACCCAAUUGAUCAACAGAAAGAUGUUUCCAUAAGACCUUUUAAAAUUGAAUUUAGUGAUGUGAUAGUUAAUGAUCUCAGAGAAAGACUGAUGCAUCGUCGUCCAUUUGUUCCUCCACUGGAGGGUACUGGCUUUGAUUAUGGUUUCAACAGCAAUUUCCUUGGACAAGUUCUACAUUACUGGGAAAAUAAAUAUAAUUUCAAGGAUAGACAAAACUUUUUUAAUAAAUUUGAUCACUACAAAACAAAUAUUCAAGGCUUAGAUAUACAUUACAUUCAUGUUAAGCCUAAAGUUUCUGCUGAUAUUGAGGUUCUACCACUUUUGAUGUUGCAUGGUUGGCCUGGAUCUAUCAGGGAGUUUUAUGAGCUUAUUCCAAAGCUUACAACUCCUCGGCCUGGGGACAACUUUGUAUUUGAGAUCAUAGCCCCCAGUUUACCAGGUUUUGGAUACUCGCAGAGUCCCGCAAGGAAAGGCUUCGGUCCCGUAGAGACAGCAGUAUUGAUGAGCAACCUAAUGAAACGUGUGGGCCGCACGCAGUACUAUAUACAGGGUGGGGACUUUGGGCACGUAAUCGGCUCCACCAUGGCGACACUGUUCCCGGAACAAAUACUGGGAUUCCAUACUAACAUGCCCGUUAACACUAGUCCUGUUGCUAUGUUUUACUUGUGGCUAGGAUCUUUGUGGCCCAGCAUGUUGGUAGAACACGAGGUACAGGAUCGCGUGUAUCCGUUAAGGGAACACGUGGCUCGCCUGCUACAAGAAACCGGAUAUCUGCAUCUACAAGCCACUAAACCAGAUACACUCGGCAUAUCCCUGACCGAUUCACCCGCUGGUCUAGCGGCAUACAUACUAGAGAAAUUCUCCACGUGGACAAAUCCAGAAUUCAUAAACGCUUCAGACGGUAGAUUGCUUGACAAAUUCCAAUUGACGCAUCUCCUCGACAAUGUGAUGAUGUACUGGGCCCCAAACAGUAUCGCUACCAGCAUCAGGACAUAUGCAGAAAUAUUUAGUACGAGGACUUUAACUAUGAGAUUAGAUGACAUUCCAACAGACGUUCCAACGUGGGGCAUCAAAUUUAAACACGAGCUUUUAUUUUUCCCCGAUUGCCUGUUGAGGCUCAAGUACAAAAACUAUUUACAUAGCACCAUGGUAGAAGAAGGAGGACACUUUGCUGCUUUCGAAAUGCCAGAUGUUAUGGCGAAAGACAUCUUCGAAGCUGUAAAAACCUUCAGGGAGUUCCAUGGGAAUGAAAGAACGCCAUCUCCAAAAGACAAACGAAUAAAGACAAUCUACGAUUUCACAGUUAAAGACUUAAGCGGCAAAGAAAUUAAGCUUGAAAAAUACAAGGGCUAUGUAGUUCUUAUUGUCAACGUGGCUUCCCAGUGUGGACUAACAGACACCAACUACAAACAACUCAACGAGCUCUACGAAAAGUACUCAGACAAAGGUCUACGUAUACUGGCCUUCCCGUGUAAUCAGUUCGGUGGACAAGAGCCUGGCUCUGCAGAAGAAAUAUUCAAGUUUAUCAGUAAUAGAGGCGUGAAAUUCGAUAUUUUCGAAAAGAUCAGUGUUAACGGAGAAAACGCCCAUCCCUUAUGGCAAUUCCUAAAGAACUCUCAGUCUGGCAUGAUUGGGGAUUUUAUAAAAUGGAAUUUCUCCAAAUUCCUCGUGGAUCGUAACGGUGUGCCUGUAGAUAGGUUUGCACCUACUGUGAGUCCACUGGAUUUGGAGUCGUAUUUGGUGAAAUAUUUGUAA